GAUUGGAUGAGCAUCUCACAAGCUACGGUGUAAAUAGCUCAGAUCUAUGAAUAAGAGUCUCAGAGCUGAAGGCUAAUGACACUGUAUCCUUUGUUUUUUCGUAUGUGCCUUUCCUGGUUAAAUACUUUGUUAUUAUUAUUAUAUCCCGAAAACACCUUUAAUUGCUAUUCUCGGUUGGUGCUUUUAUGAACAAAGGCUUUUGAGCUGCUGAAGAAAUGCUGUUUUUGCAAGUUAUCUCUGGGAUUGUCUUUCUCACAGGAUGUGAAGUGGCCUCAGGUAGGUAAAAACUGAGUAAAAACUGAGAAGAAGUAGAAAUAGACCAGACGUGUAUUUUUAAGGCUGUUUCUGUUUUAUUUCCGAUAUUACCUGUAUUUACCUGGAUACACAGGGUGAUGGUGGUGGUGGGGGGGUGAAAGUCCACACCUGGAGCCCACAUUGUCUCCAUUACUGAAUGGAAGAAACACAUUGUCAAGGCAGUGUCAGAGCAGAUACUGUAUACUGUAACAAUGUUUCAUUCACUGGUUGGUCCUCAGACAUAUUGGUGGGUGUCCACCUGAAUUGGGGAGAGUUGGGAUUUGGGAAGGUGAUGACUUCCCUACUUUGUGAGAUAUUGGAGACCCUUAAUAAUAGGGCAAGAAUUUAAUUUUAAUUGAUAUGUCUCUACACCAGGGCUAGGUAACCUUCUGCACUCCAGAUGUUAUGGACUACCUCUCCCAUAAUCCCCUUACAGCCACAGAGAUAGCAAAGCAUCAGGGGAGAUGUAGUUCACAACAUCUGGAGUGCCGAAGGUUGCCUACCCCUGCUCUUUACUAUAGAUCAGCAAACUGUCUGUUGUAUAUCUAAAUUGUUAUAAAUAAAACCCCCCUGUUGUAUCAUGGAAAUUGCUUUUUAAUUUUGAAUUUGACCAAUCCCCCCUUCCCCCCCCCCCCGCCCCCCCCACUCCCCACACACUCCCAUUGAUUUGGCCGGCUUUGCAGGGGUCUUGCUAUGAGGCCCAUUAGCCAUUAGUAUAUACCCCAUAUGACAUAAAAAGGACCUGUGAGAGUUAUGAAUGAGAUCUCAAGGUUCUCAGAAUUGUAUUUUCCUGCAGCCUUCUGUUUCUGCUUUAUGUAUAUUUCCCUAUUAAACAAAAAUGUUUUUUAUAUGAAUUAUGUGUAAUAUAAUACACUGGUCUGAAAAUAUAAUUAAUUUAUGUCCAUUGGAUAAUCUGUAAGUAGUUUGAGAAGCACGUUUUGUUCUCUCAAGGCUUCCCGAAUCUGCGGUAAAUCAAUCUUUAAACUUUGCACUUAUCGUUCAUCGUUUUACUGUGAUUAGACAAAGUGCGCAAACAAACCAUCUGUCCAUGGUGAUAUUCGCUGCAGGCUAACCUAUUGUCCUGUAAUACAAUACUUAGUGCAAUAGAAAAAUAGAGACAAACUAACUAGGCCCUGCACUCAAACUCACGCAACUACUGGGCAGCAGCAAUGACUAUAGUGCUCAUCAACCCCAAUACAUAGAAUAAAAAAACUAAUUAAAAAAAUAAAUGGAAAAGAGUUGGGAAUAAAAAUACAAGACUGGGGCACUGGCUAAGUGGCUAUCAAAGUUUGCCCUCACACCCCCACUUGACCUCACUACAUUGCUGUAAUUUGGAAUAAAUGGGGGCCAGAGACAUAGGGAUCCUCCCCCACCUCCCCCCAAAUCUUACCUCUGACGGUUUAAUUAUCGUAAAGUGUCAACUUUUUGGGCUGAAUUUAGAGCGGUAAUAGAAUGGUUCAGGUUUGAAAAUGAAUAAGAGGAAUAUUGAAUGAAUUAUCAUAAAUGCAAAAUGUAACCACUAUUGAUUAUUAAUUAAAAGUUAAAAACAUACAUUUACUGUCAAAUUGGGUUUACUGCAGCCAAAGAAACCCUCUAAAUUCUUUAACUAGUAGGUCAUAGAAAGGAGGGAGUGUGGAGACAUUAUUAUUAAUUAAAAUAUAGAGAAAAAAUACAAACUGGUUAAACAACACAACCCUGCACCUUAAUGUCAACUCCCAAAUAUAUAUCCAGUUAUUGAAACAGAACCCAUCCUCAGGCGGGCCGCCCCCUGAUUCACGUGUUUGUACAUUAGGGAGUUCUCUCUAACUCACCACGUGUGAGAAUCCAAAGGAUAUAAUUCAUUUUAUAUACUUUGUAUAUAUUCUAAAAUAUUUAUUUUAUGCUUUCCACCAAUAUUGUGUAAAUACUAAUUUUUGAAUAUUCCACUUUUGGAAAAAAUCCCUGGAUUCCUCUGCAGCGAUGGCAUACUCCACCAGGAACCGGCUGAGAUCCCUUGGCUAAUCUUAGCUCUCCUGUAUGUUUCUAUCUUUUGCUCUGGAGUGAGAGACAGGGGAGGGAUUGAGCUAAAAGGCACAUAUUGUAAAAACAGAUGGAAACAAACAUAUAAAUCAAUCAAUCUAAAAACCAGGAUGGCUGCAGAUCUUUUCUCACACUUUAGAUAAAAAUACAUGUUAUUCGCAAAAUGUGUCCAACUUUUGGUGAAAAAACAACAACAUUUGGUGAAACUGGUUAAAAUCUGACUGCAAUGGUACUUUCUCCUAUUUACUAAAAUAAAUUCUAAUUGGAAUUCCUUCAACGCAUCUGCGACCAAAUUCGGCCGGAUGCCUUCUCAGUUUAGCUUAAAAAAGGUACAUUUUGCCCAUAACCCAAUAAAACUGUAAUAAUAUCGGAGAUAUUUACAAAGCACCAAGACUGAAUGUAAAAUGGUUGAAUACACAUUUGCAAUUUAUCAUGCAUUUGCUUUUAACAAGCAAAUAACGUAUCAGUGCUGUUUGUAGUAGAGUUAAAUAACCCUAGGUGGUGCAAGGGAAAUCCUGUGUAGUAGGUGGCCAGCACUUACUAGCCAGCGGCCACAUUAAAAAGUAAAAAAUAAAAAAAAUGUUAUGCCCUCAAAGUAUUUGCACCACUUUUCUUGCGCUAAUAACCACCCACCCAAAGCCUAUAGGUGGGGGAUUUGAGGUGACUAUAGGAUGUCCAUCCCACCCUUUAUUAUUCAGUAAUUACCAACCCUCGUCCGUGUGUGGGGGUGACACAGGUAUCUCCCCCGGCUUCUAUUUAAUAGACACCACCCAUGGCCCGUGGGUGGGAAUGGGACAAUGUGAUGCUCCCUCUCGGUUUAUAUUUUAGAGCCUCCACCUUCUGUUCUGUGGGGGUCAAUAGGACAUCCCAUCAUGUUUUAUUACAUGUCCUCCACCCACUGGCCAUGGGAGGGGGCAGGGGAUGGACCUGUCCAUUUCUCUUUAUUGUAUUUCACCCCUCACUCGAUGCUCAUCGUCUAGCCUGGUGGUUGAUUGGUCCCAUCCCCAGAGGAUGGGGUCUGUCUUAUACCUGACUGCUCACACUUUAGUAGAUAUGCCCCCCACUCCCCUCCGGACAUGCUGGAAUGUAUUGAACCUCCCUAAUACUAAUAUGGGGGGCUACUACCAAACUUAACCCUUGCACAGUCGUGUUUAGUUUUUUUAGCCAUUUACCUGCUGGUUGUUAGACAAAUAUUUUUGAUUUUAACAAUCCUGGUCUGAAUUCUAGCUGUCUGGCAGUAUUUGGUUCAAUUGAAACCCAGCCCAACUUCAGGCUUGUUCAAAGCCUGUUUUGCGAAAUGCGGACAUUGUUAAAAUACUGUGAACAAUGUCUAGAUUUUGCAGUCUGAAUGGCCCCAUACAGCACUGAAUGGUUUUGCCCCGUUUGAUAGGAGUAAGUUUGGACUUUAAUAGUCAUGAUGGCAUCAUUUUUCAAACUGUCCCCUCAUGGAAUGGGUCCUUUAAUAUCAGUGCAAAAUCUGGAAAUACAAAGAGUUGAGUUUCUUGAAAGUCUGAGAAAUGUAAAAAGCUAACAGAAAGUACAGGCUAAUUUUUACGCUGUGUUAAAAUUAAUGUUAAGAUUUUGAAAGGUUCCACUUCACAUUAACCCUCCAGAAUCUGUUUUCGUUAUAUUAUAUAUUACUGAAACAAUCUCAUACUUUUUGUUUAUGAUUUUUAAGCGUUUUCCGAAGGAGCUGUGAGGUUGGCUGGAGGGAACGGUACAGCCCAGGGCAGAGUGGAGGUUUACCAUGAUGGACAGUGGGGAACGAUCUGCGAUGAUGAAUGGGACAUGAAGGAUGCGUCCGUGGUCUGCAGAGCUUUGGGGUUCUCUGGGGCCAUCAGAGCUGAAAUGGGAGGAGUGUUCCCCCCAGGUAAUUUAUGGACAGUCUCUUUCCUUUCUUCCAAGCUGAGGUUGAGUUGGUAUGUCCAACGCUCUUUGCUUUACCCACAGGAUCGGGUACCAUCAUGCUCGAUGAGUUGGCUUGCACUGGAAACGAGACAUCAUUGGCCGACUGUGCUUUCAAAGCGUGGGGUUUAAGUGACUGUAAGCACAGUGAAGAUGCUGGUGUGGUUUGUUCUCCGGAAGAAGAGGGUGAGUUCCCAAAUCCUCCUUUGCCUAUUCUUUCACACCUUGUUUGUUUGACACACAAAGCGUAGUGCAGGUUCUACCUGAUUUUUGUUCAGAACUGUUGUAGAAACGGAACCUUUCUUCUUCCACUGGAGAUCUCACAUCUCGUGGAGUAGCAACUAAUGAUAAAAACGUUUUUUUCAAACCAAGGCGUAUACGAUAAGUUGUUUGUAAGUUUACCAUAGUUAUUUAAUCCUGGGGACGCUGAAGACUUUAACUAGUUAGAUACAUCUGUGCUGAAUCUGCAAGAACUCUCCAAAUGUAACACCUGAAUUCCGUUGUCAAAUUGUCUCCAAUGUUAAUGAAAAUGUAACGUCAACAAAAAAAAGCUUUUUUUUCAGUAAGAUCAACUAAUGUGGAGGAAUGUCUGUAAAGACAAGACCAAACCUGCGUAACACCACCUGGGGACAUAAAGGAAUAUUCAGAUAUUCCUCUUUUAUAAACCAUAGCCAUCCACAAACACAGCAAGUAGAUGUGAAAGUUUCAUGAGGGAGUGAGUAUUUGGUCAAGUGCCAUCAUUACAACAAUGUCUUACAUGAAGAUCCUCCACCUGGCUGAGAGUAGUGGUAGUUUUGAUGUGUAGCACUCUGCAUCCAAGAUGUAAUAACAGACUCUAAGAGUCAAGGCUUACUGUUACCACAAUGAAUGGAUUGAUGGGUAUUUGCUACAACACACAAUACGAUCCAAGUCUAUUUCACACCUGAGAAAAAAAACGAAAUGCAGGUAUAAUAUAUCUGUCCUAAAACAUUAUACGGGGGGCGGAGCCGAACCAGCAAACAGGGAAGACGUGCUCUGCAAGAGCUCCUGCUCAGCGGGCACAAAAACUGCAACUAAAUCGGGCUGAAGUGCCUCUAACCUCCGGCAAACAGGCCCACUGGACAGGGAAGAUCAGCCCAAACCCAGCAAUACCGAACUUGCCACCCGGGGUAACCGGGCACUGCAACAGCAGCAUGGGGCCUACUGCAGGAGGCGGCGGAGAAAGGUGGCUGCUUUCCCGCCAGCAGCGCACAGCCAUACACGAGGCUGGAACACUCCCUCCCCGCCCGAUGGAGGACCUCGCGCCCAGCACCCUCCGACUACGCCCGCGACCUCACCAAGCAAGGCGGGUGUGGGGGCCCCCAAUAUGGCAGACACAUGAGAUUCAGCACCACGAAAAGCACACAAGCCUGCCUGGUCAGACACUAUACACUGGGCCCCACCUGGAGAGCUAGCUCAUGCACGACCAAGGGGUCAAACUGCAAGCACAGGCCUGCAGAACCGCAGCAAUUCCAACAUGGCGGACGAGCUGUCCUACCUUCCCACCAGCGAACACCCACUACUUACCGCAGAGACCACCUUCCAAGCUUACAGCACCGACAGCGGCGCUCCCCACUCAGACGUAAAGCGACGACACAGAAGCAACCCAGAGGAACCAGCACAGGGUCACAGUUGCAAAAACCCCCUACAUCCAGCUACCGCUUGGGACGAACCAGGCGGCCACGAAAGGCACAGGGCUCCCCCUCAGGCUGGACACUGACAACACCACAGAAAAACCGGCAGACACCACCUGGAGCAGUAAUUGUCCGUGACCCACUAGCUGACCCCCGCUACUACGGAACUGCGGACCUGACACAGAGAACGCUGGCCUGGUGGGCCCCCCACAUACUGCUAACUAGACACUUACACUCAUAUAUCUCUGCAGUCUCCCGUUGCAGGGCAUCGGAUAAGCACCCUACAGAGGCCCUCCCAGCCUGUAAAUGGCACUAGCGGUAACAACACCAUACGGUGUCCUACUGACAUUCAAGGGCAAAUUUUUUCAGAAAAGUUCCUUUACAUUACACUGUCCGAGAUCUGUAUAUUUCGACUGCAAUACCAAUAUCAUAUUGGUAUAUUAAAUCGUCUGCUUGUCAUAUCUGCCAAUAUGCUUAACCCAUGUUAACCUACGAUAAGGCUCCACCCUUUAACCCUGGAAGGCCAGACCAUGUAGCAUAGCCUGCCUGCCUGCCAGACAAAUGCAGCCUGAUUUAAAAUGCCCCUAGGUCGUUUUGACACGUAUUCCAUGCCUCUAUAUAGUGCAUAAUAUGCCUGACAUCUCACCCUUCCACCAAUGUCACCACAGGUACUACUACACUGCUCAUCAGUACACACAGCAUGCAUCACGUAUCACAUCAUGGCAUUCCCAAUGUGCUGUACAAACUGUGCAAAACCAUGCAUUAUCACACUGCCUAACUCGCGGUGUCUAACCUGUUUCAAAAUCCAUUCCUGAACGAACACACUGCGUCUCCAGCGAGAUAACUCAUACCUAGACAACCAAAUGCUCACCCAAUGGAUUAAUAUACAGACCAGUAUAAGCCUGUUUAACAUUUAACGUGUACUCGAUUUGUAUAGACCUGUCUGAAUCAUACCAAGCAGACAAAGCGGUUUAUCAAACUUACGUUUAACUUUAGCAUGUUAUAUUAUAUAAGCAAUGUUUAUUAGCCUGUUAUUUUCAUGAUUGUACAAAAAUGUGCCGAUCAAACUGCCACACUUUUGAAAUGUCUUGAAAAAUGCUCGUAGAUGCUGAUGUGGCUCUACAUGCUUGUUGUCAUCAUAUGCACAAGAAAAAUAAAGAAUUAAAAAAAAAAACAUUAUACUUCCUUACUCCCUGCUAGAGUAGCCCAGUGGAUUACAAUAUCCUGGAUGUGCAAAUGUUCUGUAAAAUAAAACCUUUUGGACAGAUCAAUGUAUUUGUGUUUGUUGCUGUAAGAUUUCCUAAUAAUCAUCAACCAAUCUCUUACAGAAGGAAAUUUUACGGCUUACACCCUGGAUAACUCCUGUGGAAUCGGCGAUACCCUGAGAGUUCUUUUUGAGAGCCAGAAGAACUGUGAUCACUUUAUCACGGUGGUGGGAAAAGAUGGACUUGUGGCCUCCAAGGAGAUCUGCGCUCAUAGACUCAUUCUGUCACUAAACCCAGAGGCAAUCUUCCUUUUGGGAGGAGAGGGCAACAAAUUCACACUCACCAUACAGGACGAAUGUAUUCCACAAGCGAAGAUAUUUAUCAGGUGAGGAAUAGAAUAGAAUUUCUGUCAAACUAAUGGAAAUAAAUCGGUUUACCACCCAACGAAAGAAAAAACACUCUGUAGAAUGUGACAAAAAACUGAAGAUAGUAGAAAAAUGUAAAGUUAAAGUUUUGAAUGAAAUAUUUUUCUACUAUUUGCACUCUUUUGCUACAUUCUACUAAAUGUGUCUUUUCAGUCACCCCGCUUUUUUUUAACGGGCAUUCCUUUCCCCCAGAAUUAGUUAUCUGACACAGGCUCUGUUAAAAGGCCACUGUGCCCAAGCCCCUGUUCAUAAAUACCCAUUGGGUGGCUCGAAGUGCAUGGGCCACCCAAUCGAUGCACCCACAGUGUGCGUGCCCCGGCACCGCCUGGCAGUAGUUUUGCCACUGGACAUAUCUUCUAAAUAUUUAAUACCGGUACUAGCAACUGGGCAGUGAUUGCAGGCUAUCUGCUUGAAAGGUAAAUAACAGGGGUGUUACAUGGCCACAUCUUCCCUGUAGGAAUAGUGUUUAAACUUUAAAUGAAAUAAUGGUGGGUGGACAGAACACUGUCCACUCCCCUACCCCUACCAGUGACCAGAGGCUACUUAAUGACCCCCCAUAUUUUUUUCUUUUACUUUUUUCAUGUGACAGCUGACUAGCAAGCACUGGCCAUCCCCGUGUGAUUAACCCUCACAGUGCCGAGGGUUAUUUAACUAUCAACCUGCUGGCAAAUACUUUUUUUUAAAUCACAAUAUCCUUACAUGUUAAAUAGCAUGAACAAUGUCUGAAUUUUUGCAGUUCGAAUGGUCCCAUACGCAGCCAAACGGUUUAUCACGUUUGGUAACGUUUGGUAACGGGCCGAGUUAGCUUCUUUUGUUUUUGGGCCCCAGGGCAGAAAUGUAAGUAUAUGUAUAUAUUGAUUUGUGAGUAUGUAAGUAUGUGUUUAUAUAUAAUACCAGAAAGAAGGGAUUAACAGGCAGGUCCAUCUAUGUGCAUAAUGAUUCCCCCUCCUGCAAGCAUUUCCACGAUUUUCCAUUUGUGUGGAUUACAUUUUGGGACAUUGGUACAAAAAACACACUAAGUGUGGAUUCUUGGAUGUGUGUAUGAAUGAGCUCAGAUACAGGUUUUUACCCACUGAGACUCAGUGAAAGAACACUUUGGCAAUCAUGGCUGUGUUUGGCUUUUUCUUUGUCAUUAGAUACUUCUACACUCAGAAAAUCAAGGUGGCAUUGUCCUCCUUAAAGUGUAUCCACCAGAUGGCUUCGACCUACAAGGUUAACAGUCUGAAGGAGUACACUGCCCAGUUCUUCUCCAUCUUGAUGUCAGAAGAUCCAUCUUUCAAAAAGCAGCUUGAACUCCUUAACUAUGCAGAGUCCAACUCUGAUGCCAAACUGAGGGACUUGUGUCUACGAUACUUUGCUUGGAAUUUCGAGUCCUUUUCUCAGUCUAAGGCAUGGAAUAAUCUAGUAUUUAGUCAGUUCCAGUCUCUUCUCUCCAGGUCAGAUUUGAUUAUUAAGAAUGAGUGGGCAGUACUUGAAACUGUGGAGAAUUGGGUAACUACCAAUCAAGUGGAGGGAGAUCUCUUGAAAGAGCUGGUUGAGACAGUAAGGUUCCCCAUGAUGUCUCCAGAAGAGCUUCUCCAAGUUCAGGUGAACAUUUCCAUGUAUGAAAAGAAUAAAAUAAUUUUCCAAGACAAGAUCAUUCAGGCUUUAAUGUUCCACGCUGUGUCCUACCAGGUCCUAAACAGCUAUGUGGACCUUUCUAAAGAUGUCUACAUACCCAGAAUCUAUACAUCUACUACAUGGAGCUCAACUAUUUAUGCAAAUCAAUAUUAUGGUUACAAUAAUCAAUAUUUCAAUACCCCAAGACAUUUCAGUGCCCUACUUACAUCCCAGUUGACCCAGUGGAAUGUUGUUUAUGCAUCAAACAUACAGACGUGCUAUAAUUAUGGAAUUCCUUGUACGUCUGAUUCGCUACCUUUAUUCAGAGUCACUACGGGUAAUAUUUACCCGUACAUUGUCUAUCAGAAUGUACUGCUAGUGAAAUGUGGUGGAACCACAGUCACGGGAAUGGAAGUAUUUAAGAAUGACAUGGCAUCAGACCCAGCAACUAGUAAUGGCACCAAUUUCCCAUGUACCUCGGGAUCAAACACAUACUCUGCGGUUAUCCGUCCCAUUUACAAACUCAACUAAAGUAAUUCAUAGAAUGUUGAGUGUCUACCUCGACUUAUUAUUGUCUUCUUUGAAAAGUAGAGUCAUCGUCACUGGUAUCAAAGCAGCAUUAGUUCAAAGUAGGGGUGAAAAACAUGUACAGCUCCCAUGAUGCUUUGAGGAGCAUUAAGGAUUUACAUUUUGGUUAACUAUGGUUAAUACACACUGGUCUUGUAUGAGUUUCCUUCUUUCAUUCAGUGUAAAGGAAGCAUGAUAUAACUUGGUAUUUUAAAAAAAAUAUAUAUAUCUAUAUGAUUUUUAAGCCAGAAGAAAAAUGUCCGAUGUCCAACUUGGAGAAUUUUUGGUGUGACAGUCCCUGGUGAAUUCCCAGUAACUUACGGCUGGCUUAAUGAAUAACUUGCUACUCGUUACGUUAAUAUGGAUUUUUGAGUCUAUGUGUUGCUACAUUUAACCCACCUGUGUUUUGUAAGCAUUGAAAAUUUGUAUUAAAAUAUCUAUUUGAUUAAAAUCUGCUGACGUCUGGUCCUUUUUCAUUCUCCAACAUUUAGCACACAACUACUGUAUCUGUAUUAAACCAAGCAGAGCCCUAAAUAAUUUGAAUCUCUGGUGGCUUCAUGCAAGCCAUAUACAGGGCCUAGCUAUACUAGAGUUGCGUGACCUCAGCUCCAUUUGGCUCCGUGAUGCAGAGAAGGAUUAAGAUCUGACAGGGUUCAAGGCUUGGGGCUCCUUCAAACUUCACAUAGAGAUGGGGAAUACAGCCAAGCAGAUUGAUGGUCACAGGCAGCCACGUAAGGUCACCUUACCGUUAAACCUACUCUCCCAUGAUGCUCACCCAAACCCAACGCAGAAAACACUGGGAUACUUUGUAAUUGGGCAUGCUCCCCAAAGAGUGUUAAAUGACUAUACAACAUCCCUAUUAUUCCACUUAAUCUCUGCAAUCUAGUCGUGUAUCUCUCUUCUAUGCUCCUUGUGUGUGAUGUAAUAAAUGAAUAAUAAUGUUAUAUUUAUCUAAUAAAACAGAGCAGUGUGUGAUAAGGAGUGCCAGCAAUGUGGCACACAGUUCUGUCUCUGAUAACAGGUCAGGGCAGAAAGCUUUCAAGGUUUGAUUUGUUUCAGGGAAGCUGGCGUGAUCACAUCUGGCCAUUUAAUGCACCCAGGAGUACUGUAUAAAAUACUGCAUUCACUUUCUAAGAGCAAACAGAUGAAACUGCCUUUCUUCGAUCCAUUCUUUUGGCAUUAUCGGAGGCUGAGGGUUUCCAGUAUGGUAUCAUGUAUUGAUAGAAUCUACAGGGAGGAGAAUUGGGAGCAAUGCGCAUCACUGAUGGCAGAGGAAGCAGCAGUGACUGGGUUUGCGCAACAAUAUAAACGCACCAUACUGUAUCGCGACGGAUUGCGCUGUGAAUCUUGUUAAGCUGCCAUUUUGCUCCAUCAGGCAUUGUAGUAUGUUAAAACUGGUACAUUUUUAAAAUGUAAAAAUAUAUCCAGCUAAUGUCAAGCGCACCUUCAUCUAACCAGACAUAACAUGUCAGUUUGACGGAUGCCUGGUCAGACGCUAUCAUUUUCAACAAACCAUAUAAUAAAUAUAAACAAUUUAAGAAAGUCCUUAAGUAGUCGCUUGACUUCAUGGACAAUUGUUAAUAAAAACAAUCACACAAGGAUUCUCUGAAAAUGCAGAAUUUUGAAUUUACUGUAAAACUGUCAUAAUUCUGUCAUUAUUUAAAAUAAAAGAUAUUACAUAUAUUACAGCCUUUGCGUUUUCUAUUUUGUAAUGCAUGCAUAUGUUUAAAUGGUCCUCUUCAGUGUAUCUCUUGGCUUAUCCUUGCUCCAAGGACUAUUAUUGGGUGGUCUUUUGUCGGGAACACAACUUUACUGACUCCAAACCAUUCGGCUAAUCAAAAGCUAGAAUGUGAUCACAAAUCAUCGUGAGCAAGCACAGGGCGUCUCAAUUUUAGAUGAUCAAAUUGAGCAGAUAAGUGGUGCUUCUGACCAAAGUGGGUAAAAGAUGGCUGCCCCCAUUGGGCAAACCUACCCAGGACUUUCACUGAAAAAACUCAUUAACUGAUUUCAGUUCAUUACAAAAUAAUACAAAACAGGUUUGUAUUACAUAUCAUCCUUUAUUUUCAGUAAUAAUAAAAAAAAUUAAAAAAAAUGAUGACAAAAAAAAAAAAGCUACCCCCAUGAUACAAUGCAUACUGGGUACAUGUACACUAAUUCGGGAUAAUGGUUGAAGAAGAAAUGUUGGUUCCAUGGCGCUUAUAGAAACCCUAUGGCCAAACAACUAAGAGUUAUAAGUUUUAUUUAAAAAUAAAACAAACUGAUAACGUUUUAUCCUGUUUCAUUUGUAUGAUAUGCGGAUCUCACCAUGUAAACUGCCCCCAUGAUGCAGUGCACACAGUGCAUAUUCAUAAAUAAGGUGCAAUUCUAAGCUUACUGUGCCGUACUUUGGAAGAUGACGGUCAAGUGUGUCUGAAAGGCCUUCUGGUAACAAAAGUAUAUUAUUUUAAUAUAAGUCUUCUGAAGGUAAGAAAGGUAAGAGUUAGACUUUUUUUUCCCCAGACCAUUAUAAGAGUAAGGUGGUAUGGUGGACAAUUUUAUUGGGGGGUAACAGAGGGGGGUUAAGUGGCUAAUGGCUUGGGGACACCUAGCCACUGAGAAGGGUGGUCCAAAAUUCUGGGUGGUUGAUAAUGGCAUCUCGUCUACCCUUUAAUGUUUACAUGUCAUAUAUAUUUAAAUUUUAUCAGCAUAAGGAUGCAGCUAUUUUUCUCUCUCCUGAACCAUUUGGCCUUAUUUUUAUUGUUGAUUAUCCCUUUGAACUUCCUGUAACAAACUAGAGAUUCUGCAAGCAGCCUGUUCGUUUUACAAUACGGUUAUGUCACUUUAUGUGUCAUGUUAUCGAACAAGAACCAGUGCAGAUUGUGACGGACCGCUGGCACUCCGACUGAGUACCUCCGCCAAUCGAUGCUCCUAGUGCUCGCUGAGGACUCCAAGCACUCCAACCGACACCAUCAGCACUGCAGACCCCACUUCCAGCGAUGCAACUGCGCCGGGGUCUCUGCUGUUUCCACCCACCCUGGACCCAAGGCCAGGAUCCAGCUUCCAGUGGGUGAACCUCUCUUUCCCCAGAGAGCAGGAACAGGAACAAAUCAAGCUAUUGCAAGAGCUUCCUCUGGGGAGUAAGUGAUUAUAGCAAUCCCCAGAGUGUAGGUAUCCCUUCCCCCAAACAUGAGCCAAGGCUUAAUGCUGGAACAAGACUGAUUUACUGGCACACAGAACUCACAAUUUAUGCAACACAAAACUCCUCCUCUGGGCCAGGCUAGAUAAUUGAGUUUCUACAAUACACAAAGCUCAAUUAUCUGCUGGCCAGAAAUAAUACAGUUUCAUAAAACACACAGGGACCCCAAAACAUGCAAUAACCCCAUAAAAAGGAACCGUGGGAUCUGGGUGAACCACAUAUCCAAAAUUCACCCAGAUCCGUUCAGUACUUUGGAAAAUACAGUUUAAUGCAGAUUCUGCAGAACAUAUACAGGCUAAAUGAAAAACAAUCACUUUCUAAUGUGUCCCCUGCUGUAUAGUCCAAAACCACUGCACGAUGUCUCUGUGCACCAAAUACUGGCGAGAUGGCACCGUGUUGAAAAGUCCAAACAGUGUCUGUAUUUCUACAAUACACAAAGCUCAAUUAUCUGCUGGCCAGAAAUAAUACAGUUUCAUAAAACACACAGGGACCCCAAAACAUGCAAUAAAAGGCUAAAUGAAAAACAAUCACUUUCUAAUGUGUCCCCUGCUGUAUAGCAGAGGCUAACAAAGCUCUUCCCAGAUGCCAGCUCUUCUGCUGGGAGGGGGUCAGUGGGUAUCGCAGGCUCAUCCACUGCCCCCAGGACCCGGUUGGGAUGUAGCUGGGGAGGGGAAGUUUCGCUUACCUCCUCCUCCUGGCAUCCCUGCGGGGUUGGUUGGGGAUCUGGACCGCCCGUCCAGCCUCCCUGUAGGACUGGCACAGAGACCGCGGUCCCAUCUGCGCCAGUGUGGUUAGGUUUGUCUUCCCCCUCUCACGGUAUCUCUGGCUGCUGUUGGAGGGGGAGGCUGAUUGCCCCCACUCCCCAGGACGCUGGUUGCUGUAAGGUGGAGGGAUUGACCAUCACCUCCUCCUGGAACUCGGGCCGCCGCUGGGGAGAGAGACCAGUUGUCUCCUCUCCCUGUAUAUUAUACUGCCGCUGGGGACCUAGGCUGACUGCCCAGCAUCCCUGUAGGGCCGGCAGAGAGACUUCGGUCCCAUCUCCGCUUGCCAUCUCUGUGUUUACCCAGGACAAGUCUAUGAGGUCGCCCACCUCCGGUUGCUGUUGGAGAGGGAGGCCGGUUGCCUCCCCUCCCCAGGACGCUGGUUGCUGUACGGGGGAGGGAUCUACCAUCACCUCCUCCUGGAACUCAGGCCGCCGCUGGGGAGAGAGACCGGUUGUCUCUUCCCUCUGUACGGUGCACUGCCGCUGGGAUGGGAGGUCACUGCUCUCCUCUCCCUGUAACUCACUCUGUCGCUGGAGACGGGGUGUCAAUACCCCCAAACUCCACAGUUGGUACUCGAAGUUCCGUGCAUCUUUGUUCUCAGCACUCCACAUGCACAUCACUUGAUGGACCACCUCAUCUGAAGGGUUUGGGCCAAACCAGACCAGCCGCGCCUUUACUUCCUUCAUGAAAUCAGCACCCUCAUAGCACUGUGACAGGCGGAUUUGCAAUUCACUGGCUGCUGUCCAGGGUCUUGCUAGCUCCAUGUUGCUGUAGGUAGGGACGCUGCGCAGAGGCUAGCGUUGCCCUCAAUUAUAAAUCCGUAACUCCACACGUUACCGGUGUCUCCGAGCUGCUGGUCCUCGCACUAGGACGCCAUCCCACCGCUGCCACCAAAUGUGACGGAACGCUGGCACUCCGACUGAGUACCUCCGCCAAUCGAUGCUCCUAGUGCUCGCUGAGGACUCCAAGCACUCCAACCGACACCAUCAGCACUGCAGACCCCACUUCCAGCGAUGCAACUGCGCCGGGGUCUCUGCUGUUUCCAUCCACCCUGGACCCAAGGCCAGGAUCCAGCUUCCAGUGGGUGAACCUCUCUUUCCCCAGAGAGCAGGAACAGGAACAAAUCAAGCUAUUGCAAGAGCUUCCUCUGGGGAGUAAGUGAUUAUAGCAAUCCCCAGAGUGUAGGUAUCCCUUCCCCCAAACAUGAGCCAAGGCUUAAUGCUGGAACAAGACUGAUUUACUGGCACACAGAACUCACAAUUUAUGCAACACAAAACUCCUCCUCUGGGCCAGGCUAGAUAACUGAGUUUCUACAAUACACAAAGCUCAAAGCUGGCCAGAAAUAAUACAGUUUCAUAAAACACACAGGGACCCCAAAACAUGCAAUAACCCCAUAAAAAGUAUAUCCUUGGAACCGGGGGAUCUGGGUGAACCACAUAUCCAAAAUUCACCCAGAUCCGUUCUGUACUUUGGAAAAUACAGUUUAAUGCAGAUUCUGCAGAACAUAUACAGGCUAAAUGAAAAACAAUCACUUUAUAAUGUGUCCCCUGCUGUAUAGUCCAAAACCACUGCACGAUGUCUCUGUGCACCAAAUACUGGCGAGAUGGCACCGUGUUGAAAAGUCCACACAGUGUCUGUGAGUUAAAAUGGCCGCCAUCCAUUGUUCUCACCAUGUGCUUCUGAUACAGGAAAUGGUGGCCACCCAGUAACUCCACAGUAUGUCCCCAGAUGGUUCUUAAAAGGGCCAGCAGCAGCACAACACAAAUCCAUUAUGCCCAAAUCAUGUCUUUAAAGGGCAAUACAUCCCAGGGGCCAUAGUCACAUGGCAGGAGGCUGGCAACCAGGCUUCUCCAGUGCAUAGUGGCGAGGUUGGUUCCGCCACACAGAUGACGACUAAUUGAGGGAGAUUUUAGUAAUCAGGGGAAAACGAGAAAAUCUGAACUUGUUUUUUUUCAGACAAUAAACAAGACAUAUAAGCAGAUUACACAACUAUACAUUUUUUUUAAAUUUUGUGCCAAAAAAAAGGAAAUAUUAUCAAACUAGGUUUUCACCCCCCACCCCAUUAGAUCAGUUGAUUUUUUACCAUACGCUCCAUAUUACUAAUAUGUGGCCUGUUUUAGUUCUUUAGUGUCCAAAAAACAUCUAGACAAGCGACUGUUUGUCAUUCUACGAUUUCUGCUGUUAGCAGCAAAUUGUGAAGAGUGGUGCAAUCGUUUCAGACACAUUGAGACACUUGUGGUUUUAAAAAAAAAAAAAAAUAAUGCAUAAUUCAGCACAAUUCUAUACACUAUUCUUAAAGAUGUCUUUUGAGUUUCGUUAACUAAGAUUAGUGAAAAUUCAAGAAACAAAACCUAAUGUUUCAGAAUAGGGAAGACUGGUGCUCAUGAACAUCUGUCUGUAUGUUUCGAUUUCCCCAGCAAUUAAAAUAUUUUGCAGCAUAUUUGUGGGCAGUUACUGUACCCUUCAAUCAGUAUCAACGGUCUUUUGUUUCAUUUGUAUACGAAGGUGUUCUGAUACCAACACGUUGUCUGUAUUCCCUCUAUUGUACUGUGCUCCAGAAUACGUUGGCGCUAUAAAUAAAUAAUAAAAAUAAUACUUUGACAUUAGACUCCAAUAUCAUCAAUGCAAGCCAACUGGAUUCUAAGAAAACAGAAAAUGUGAGAGGAACGCAGGGGGAUAUUUAUCAAAGUGUUUUAGAAAGAAUUGUUUUGACUUGAUAUUUGCUAAAGUCAUAUAAAAAGUACCAUUUUUCUUUAUAGCAAAUUUGGCCAGUUUCUGCCAAAUUUUAAAUUUUGGAAGACCACAAAAUGUAUUGUUCUGAGUAAGAAAUGAUGGUUCAGGCCCUCAAUGUGAAAACAAAUUAAGCAGGUUCAUUGGAGCAGACAGAAAAAGCAAUGUUUCGACUCAGCUGGGUCUUUUUCUAGCUUGGGUCGAAACGUUACUUUUUGUUUCUCCUCCAAUGAACCUGCUUAAUUUGUUUUCACAUUGACGGCCUGAACCAUCAUUUUUUGCUCAGAACUGUAAGGUGAGGUCUGGCCUACCUCAGGCCCGGUGCACCUUGGUGAUCAGGAGUGUGCGGAUACCUUAAUAUUUUUGCACAAAAUUUAUAGUAGCAGGAAAGAUUCUGCCACUUAUUGCUGGAAAAAAACCAUGCAUCGUUUGUAUUGCUUAAAGAAAAUGGAAGAAGCCUCUUCUAAAGAUGAUGCACAAGAAAGCCCGUAAACAGUUUGCUGAAGACAAGCAGACUUAGGCCAUGGAUUGAUUGAACCAUGUCCUGUGGUCUGAUGAGACCAAGAUAAACUUAUUUGGUUCAGGGUCAAGCUUGUGUGGCGGCAACCAGGUGAGGAGUACAAAGACAAGUGUGUCUUGCCUACAGACAAGCACGGUGGUGGGAGUGUCAUGGUCUGUGCCUGCAUGAGUGCUGCCGGCACUGGGGAGCUACAGUUCAUUGAGGGAACCAUGAAUGCCAACAUGUACUGUGACAUACUGAAGCAGAGCAUGAUCCCCUCCCUUCAGAGACUGGGCCUCAGGGCAGUAUUCCAACAUGAUAACAACCCCAAACACACCUCCAAAAUGACCACUGCCUUGCUAAAGAAGCUGAAGGUAAAGGUUAUGGACUCACCAAGCAUGUCUCCAAACCCUAUUGAGCAAAAAAGAAAGGUGGGGGAGCGCAAGGUCUCUAACAUCUACCAGCUCUGUGAUGUUGUCAUGGAGAAGUGGAAGAGGACUCCAGUGGCAACCUGUGAAGCUCUGGUGAACUCCAUGCCCAUGAGGGUUAAAGCAGUGCUGGAAAAUAAUGGUGGCCACACAAAAUAUUGACACUUUGGCCAAAUUUGGACAUUUUCACUUUUGUUGCCAACAGUUUAUACAUUAAUGGCUGUGUGUUGAGUUAUUUUGAGGGGACAACAAAUUGACACUGUUAUACAGGCUGUACACUUACUACUUUACAUUGUAGCAGAAUGUCAUUGCUUUAGUGUUGUCACAUGAAAAGAUAUAAAAUAUUUACAAAUAUGUGAGGGGUGUUCUCACUUUUGGGAGAUACUGUAGUAUUAAUGAUAAACACAUUUGAAUAUUACUCCUAGUUUUUUUUAUAAAGUAUUAAAUAGUUUGGUGUUCACUUUUACUAACAGGGUUAGUCAUUAAAGUGUGAAUUCAAGGAGAAUUUCACCCCAAAAUGAGCCAAAUUAGGAAAGUCAUCCAAAUCAGCCAUGUUUCUAAUUUGACAAUUUUUGCCUAGAAUUUUGAAAUCCAGAUAGUUCAAUAUACGGAUAGCCCUACAAUUUUUUUAAAUUCCAUUCCAUGGUUUUAAAUGGUAUUGUCAUCCAGUACAGCUGUGCAUUCUUUAUUUAAAAAGGUACCCUCAUUCAGUAUUGGUGAGCAUUGCUUAUUUAAAAAAAAAGUUCUGGAAGCCAACAUUAAAGCGGUUCUGUCUCCGUCUGAUGGUAACUGGUCUACUGGUAGGCCGGUGGUUGAAGGAAGGGUGCCGGGAAAGGUGUGUUAUACUUACUUGAAGCCUGUCCAUCACUGCUGCCACCAUCUUCUUCCUGAUGAUCCUCUUCAGCUCCUGGCCCAUCAUCCACCAGGAGCCAAUGUCAGCCGACGUCAACACUGAGGUCUAUGGAGAACCCCAAGAAUCCGCAGGAUUAAAAAAAAUACUAAGGCAACGUAGUCCAUACUCAGUAUACAUGUUUCAGUAUAUCUUUUGACUGGGCUGGAAUCUCAAUGAAAUUCCAACACGCUUCCUUUGAAUAAGUUGGGCACUGUAACCAUGACAUCCUGGUAAAACCAAGGUUUCUGUUUAGAUAAACGUAGAACCGCAUCUUCGCUGAUGCAUAUAAUGCAUUUUCAUCACUCGCAGGAAAUGAAACCAAACAUCCAGUGAUGGGAGGAACUGAGAAUUAGGCUGGUAUCGGAUUGGAUAAUACGUUAUAAUCCUUCACUUUAAAUAGCCUGCUCUCUGGAUGCAGAUGUUACAGAGAUUCAUUGUAGAUACUUUGUAACUGCUGCACGUUUUGGUUCUGGAACCCAUUCCUAAACCCCCGUAUAAUCUGCGUCUGUCUGGGUUCUGCUCCCCCAAGAAUCCUCCAAGAAAUGCGUCCUCUUCAAUGGAUCGUUCUGGUUUUACCCUUUCUGACAUGUAAAGUGGUUUCAGGUAAGUGGAAUUUCAUAAUAAUUAGGUUAAUACAUUGGAUCAGGGGCAAGGUUAACCCUUGGCAGUUCAGCUUUAGAGAACUACAAUUCACAUGAUCCUCAGGCUGUCAAUCUAGACUGUAAGCUUGUUUGAGCAGGGCCCUCAUCUAUCUAUUGUUCCUGUGUAACUGUGUAAUUGUCUAAUUUAUUGUAAAUUCCCCCCUUUUCAGAAUAUUGUAAAAGGCUGCGGAAUCUAUAAAUACCAAUAAUAAGAAGAAGAACUAAACACCCACCGUUUGCCCUCUGUAAUGCUUGGGGGUUGAUUGAUUUAGUUAUUACAAUUAGCCAAUUGCUGAAACACAUAACAAUGCAAAGCGCUUGUCUUCAACCACCUUCAUUCAAACACAAAUCCCAGGAGAAGAAUUGGGGGAUAAAGUGUCCCUUUAAGUGAGCAACAAAGCUGACUGGAUAUUUCAAAAGUUCUUGUUAAUUAUGUAUUUAUUUUGAAUUGACUGUUUUUUGCUUAUAUACUGUAAAAGUAUAGUCCAUAAAAUGUGUUAAAAAAAGAAAUAUGCCGACUCCAGUCUCCAGUGUUAAUCCUAGUUUGUCAAGAAAUUGUCAUUGGAAAUAGGAAUUUUUUGAAAUAACAUUAAAAAAAAACAUUAUGGACAACAGUAACUAAAAUGUAGCUCCUGGCAGAUAGUUGUCUACACCAAAAAUACUUUUUACCCCGCUAUCUGGCUCAUUUCCUACUGCAUUAAUUUGGCCUUUUGGCUUCAACAAAUCAGUAACUGAUUAAUAAUUAUUAACAUUUUUAUUACUUCAGACCCCUUUUCCCAUUUUUACACACAAUACAUAAAGUACAAUACUGUAUUUCCUUUCAAGCAUUUACCGAAGGAGCUGUGAGGUUGGCUGGAGGGAACGGUACAGCCCAGGGCAGAGUGGAGGUGUACCAUGAUGGACAGUGGGGAACGAUCUGCGAUGAUGGAUGGGACAUUAAAGAGGCAUUUGUGGUCUGCAGAGCUUUGGGGUUCCCUGGGGCCAUCAGAGCUGAAAUGGGAGGAGUGUUCCCCUCAGGUAAUUUAUGAACAUUCUCUUUCCUCUGAAAAUACAUAUGAACAAAGAACAUCUAAGGUAGAGAGUGUCAGGUUACUUUGCAGAGAAUUGGGGGGUAACCCCACGAAUACUAAUACUAAUGAGCAACACCUAAGCAAAAAAAAGGGUGGGGGGGACGGACGGACGGACGGACACAAAGCUAAUACGAACCCUUUUUCAAAAGCGAAGUAAUUCAGAUAUAAAACUUAACUUUUAUUAGAGGUCUCAAAAAAUCAAAAAUUGCGGAAAAAAACCCAUCCCUAUGGACUAGAUAUAGUAAAGAUCCCUGAUUCGAAAUAAUGUCCUUUAUAGAGUUGGUAAUAAAUACAAAAAAACUAAAUAAAUAAAUGAAUACUUAUACACGUAAAGCUGCCUAGUGUAUCAGUAUGGCUAAUACGUAUCAAAAGUUCUGAAAAGAGUAACCAUAUAUACAAACAGAAAUAAUAUCCACACAAGUGAUAACAAAAUAUUAUAUUAAUAAUAUGAUGACUUAAAGGUAGGCAGACAAUGUAAUAGAGCAGCAGGAAAUGCUAGCAGAAUGCUUGGUUGUAUAGAGAGAGGUAUUAGCAGUAGGAAGAGGGAAGUGCUCAUGCCAUUGUACAGAACACUGGUGAGACCUCACUUGGAGUAUUAUACACAGUACUGGAGACUGUAUCUUCAGAAGGAUAUUCAUACUGUAGAGAGAGUUCAGAGAAGGGCUACUAAACUGGUUCAUGGAUUGCGGGAUAAAACUUAUAGCUUGGAGGAAAGACGAGACAGGGGGGAUAUGAUAGAAACAUUUAAAUAUAUAAAGGGAAUCAACACAGUAAAGGAGGAGACUAUAUUUAAAAGAAGAAAAACUACCACAACAAGAGGACAUAGUCUUAAAUUAGAAGGACAAAGGUUUAAAAAUAAUAUCAGGAAGUAUUACUUUACUGAGAGGGUAGUGGAUGCAUGGAAUAGCCUUCCAGCUGAAGUGGUAGAGGUUAACACUGUAAAGGAGUUUAAGCAUGCGUGGGAUAGGCAUAAGGCUAUCCUAACUAUAAGAUAAGGCCAGGGACAAAUGAAAGUAUUUAGAAAAUUGGGCAGACUAGUAAUGGUUCUUAUCUGCCGUCACAUUCUAUGUUUCUAUGAAUAUGUGUCUUAAAGUAAAGGAGGGAAGGUUAGCUAAACAGGUUAGCUAGAGGCAGCUAGGAAUAUGGAGAAGAGAAUAAAAACACCAUGUAUGUAUUGUGCUAUACUGCUGUGCCUUUGUUGGCACCCCUUAAAAAAGCUAGCCCCUCCCUCCCCCUCCCCCCCAGCCCACCCCAGUCAUGAAAUGACUAAAUUGACCUCUUUAUCAAGUAUCAAGAAAGCUAGUCCCUACUUCAUGGGGAAAAAAACAAACCUAUACAGCACUAAUAGAAUAUCGACACAAGUAGUAAGCUUAAAGGACCACUCUAGGCACCCAGACCACUUCAGCUUAAUGAAGUGGUCUGGGUGCCAGGUCCUUCUAUGGUUAACCCAUUUUUUUUAUAAACAUAGCAGUUUCAGAGAAACUGCUAUGUUUAUUAAUGGGUUAAGCCUUCCCCCUAAUCCUCUAGUGGCUGUCUCAUUGACAGCCACUAGAGGCGCUUGCGUGCUUCUCACUGUGAUUUUCACAGUGAGAGUUAAUUUAAAGUUCAUAGGAAAAGCAUUGUAAAUGCUUUCUCUAUAGUGACGGCUGGAAUGCGCUACAAGAGCUCUUACGCGUGGGCCGCGCUUAUCUCAGCCCAGGAGGAGGAAUGGAGAGGAGAGAGGAGGCAGAGAGCUCCUCAUCAGCGCUGAAAAAGGUGUUUUAACCCCUUUCCCCUUCCAGGUUACGGGGGUCCCUGAGGGUGGGGGGCAAUUAGGCACUAUAGUGCGGAAAACGAGUAUGUUUUCCUGGCACUAUAGUGGUCCUUAAUGCAAUUAAACGGAAUUCAAAGGAAAAAGAAAAAUAUAAAUCUUAAAUAAAAACAAAAAAUUAACAUCAAAAUGCGUAGUGGUAAUGUUCUUCAAAAGUAAGCGUAACCAACUGAUUAAUCGAGAUCACUCAGGCAUUUGCUGACAUUAUAUUUUAUAUAUUAUUUGAUUUUGCCGUGACUGUGAACCGCAUGGCCGUGUGAUCAGGGCUUCCAUAUGGUCAGCUGAGGACUUCCAUAUGGUCAGAUCAAGGCUUCUGUAUAGUCAGAUCAGGGCUUCCGUAUGGUCAGAUCAGGACUUCCAUAUGGUCAGAUCAGGACUUCCGUAUGGUCAGAUCAGGGCUUCCGUAUGGUUAGGUCAGGGCUUUGGUCAGAUCAGGGCUUCCGUAUGGUCAGGUCAGGGCUUCCGUAUGGUCAGAUCAGGACUUCCGUAUGGUCAGAUCAGGGCUUCCGUAUGGUCAGAUCAGGGCUUCCGUGUGGUCAGCUCAGGGCUUCCAUGUGGUCAGCUCAGGGCUUCCGUGUAGUCAGGUCAGGACUGUUGAAUGCUCAGGUCAUGGCUUCCAUAUUGUCAGAUCAGGGCUUCCGUGUGGUCAGCUCAGGGCUUCCGUGGGGUCAGGUCAGGACUGUUGAAUGCUCAGGUCAUGGCUUCCAUAUUGUCAGAUCAGGGCUUUCAUUUGGUCAGAUCUGGGCUUCCGUGUGGUCAGGUCAGAAAUGUUGUAUGGUCAGAUCAGGGCUUCCGUGUGGUCAGAUCAGGACUUCCGUAUGGUCAGAUCUGGACUUCCGUAUGGUCAGAUCAGGGCUUCUGUAUGGUCAGAUCAGGGCUUCCGUAUGGUUAGGUCAGGGCUUUGGUCAGGUCAGGGCUUCCGUCAGAUCAGGGCUUCCGUAUGGUCAGGUCAGGGCUUCUGUAAGGUCAAAUCAAGGCAUACUGUUGUAUGGUCAGAUAAGGUCUUCCUUAUGAUCAAAUCAGGGCUUCCGUAUGGUCAGAUCAGGGAUUCCGUAUUGUCAGAUCAGGGCUUCUGUAAGGUCAAAUCAGGGCUUCUGUGUGGUCAUAUCAGGGCUUCCGUAUGGUCAUAUCAGGGCUUCCGUAUGGUCAUAUCAGGGCUUCCGUAUGGUCAGAUCAGGGCUUCCGUAUGGUCAGAUCAGGGCUUUCGUAUGUGCAGGGCUUCCAUAUGAUCAGAUCAGGGCUUCCAUAUGGCCAGAUCAGGGCUUCUGUAUGGUCAGAUCAGGGCUUCCGUAUGGUCAUAUCAGGGCUUCCGUAUGGUCAGAUCAGGGCUUUCCUAUGGGCAGGGCUUCCGUAUGAUCAGAUCAGGGCUUCCAUAUGGCCAGAUCAGGGCUUCUUUAUGAUCGGAUCAGGGCUUCUGAAUGGUCAGAUCAGGACUGUAGUAUGGUCAGAUCAGGGCUCCAUAUGGUCAGAGCUAUUGUAUGGUCAGAUCAGGGUUGUAUUAUGGGCUAUACUCCUCCUCUGUUGUCACAGUAACCACACCUCAGCUAUCACACUCACCCUCCUAACCCUGUCACACUCAUCCCCCUAACCCUGUCACACUCAUUCCCUAACUCUGUCACAUUUAGCCACCCUCACCCUGCCACACCUACCCUUUAAAACCUGUCACACUCACCCAUGGCAUUACUAGGAAUCACAGGGCCCUGGUGCAAGAAAUCUAGAAGGGCCCCCUUCAUGCCCUCACUCAUACAAAGGCACUGAUGUACACUCACUGACAGAAACACAGUCAUUGGCACACAAACAGUAUAACCAACACACAUUUAAAGUGACAGAAACACACACUCACUGAUGGACAUACACUGACAUACAAACAUAAACUGACAGACAAACAUACUCACUGACAUACACUCUCAGUGAUUUGAUGCACACUGACAGACACACUCUCAUUGAUUUGACACACAUGCUCACUGACAAGACACAGGCUCACUGUCAAGACACACACUCUCACUGAUAGACACACACACUCAUUGAUAGACACACACACUCAUUGACAGACACACACACUCAUUGACAGACACACAUAUUCACUGACAGACAUUCUCUCUCUCACACACACACACACACACACACACUCACUGACAGUCACACACACACACUGACAGACGCUCACACUGACACAUACAUACUCUCAUACAAACUUAAAAUUUUAGAGAAGUGCAGCCAGCACUCAACACUCAGCACUAGCAGCAGUAUAUAAUACCCACUUCUUUGAUCAUGUCCAUCUUCUGUGUAACAUCACUAUCCUGGGGGUAAUUCCCAACCACUCUCUCGAGGGCAGUGAAAUCCCUAGGGGCAGAUUCACCCAGUCACUGAGGUGCUUCUACCAGCCACCGCUCAUCAGCAUGGAGUCCGGCAGAAAAAGCCACAUGGUGAUGAACCAGCUCAUGGAGAAGGAACUGAGUGAGCUGGAACCUGGAGAGAUUUCUGCACGCGGGAACUAAGACCCCGUCCCUCUAUAGAGGAUUCCUUUCCAUUACCAUCAAUUGGGUAAUAACAACAUCUAUUAUUAUUUAGCUGCCAAUUAGGUUUAUUCUGAAAGAGUGCACUGAAAAGUGCUUAGAGUCUCACUGGGGAAAAGGAGUUAUAUAAAUACUAGUUAUUAUUUAUAAAUCUGUAUCCAUACUUAGCAUAACAUCAUGAUCAACUACCCAUUUCUGGUGGAACCUAGCCUAAGUUUAUUCUUGGAUACUAUUACUAAUCAGCAUUACUUACACUGCCACUGAUUAUAAAUUGUUAUGAGGAUAAAAUUGUUAUGAUUGUUAUAUUUUGUAAUGUCUUGUAGAAGGAAAUUUCACGGCUUACACCCUGGAUAACUCCUGUGAAAUCGGCGAGACCCUGACAGUUCUUUUUGAGAGCCAGAAGAACUGUGAUCACUUUAUCACAGUGGCUGGAAAAAAUAAGCCUUCUGUGUCUACAGAAAUCUGUGCUCAUCGACUCAUCCUUCAACUUAAUCCGGAGGCAAAGUUCCUUCUGGGAGGAGAGGGCAACAAAUUCACGCUCACCGUUCAGAACGAAUGUAUAUCGCAAGCAAAAAUAUUUAUCAGGUGAGGACUUCUGGCAGGGGUACAAUAACUUUAGUGACUGUAAAACACUUCUAAAACGUCAUAGGCAUUGGAGUUCCACAGCUUAGAACUUUAAAUGGACACUAAGCACCAUAACCACUACAUCACACUGUAGAGCUUAUGGUACUUGGAGUGUUCCUUUAAGGUGUAGGCAAGAAAUGCCAUAGUACCAAAAAAAUCAGGUUGACAACCGUUUAUAUAUUAUCUGUAACUGUUUACAUAGUCCUAUGGAUGUACUAACAUGUCCUUUCUCUGUUAUUUAGGUAUUUCUAUAGUCAUAAAAUUAAGGUGACAUUGUCCUCCUUAAAGUGUAUCCACCAGAUAGCUUCCACCUACAAGGUUAACAGUCUGAAGGAGUACACCGCCCAGUUCUUCUCCAUCGUAAUCCCAGAAGAUCCAUCUUUCAAAAAACAGCUUGAACUCCUUAACUAUGCAGAGUCCAGCUCUGAUGCCAAACUGCGGGACUUGUGUCUACGAUACUUUGCUUGGAAUUUCGAGUUGUUUUCUCAGUCGAAGGUGUGGAAUGAUGUCACUUUUAGCCAGCUGCGAUCUAUCCUUUCUAGGUCAGAUUUGGUUAUCAUGAGUGAAUGGGCAGUACUUGAAACAGUGCAAAAGUGGAUAACUUCCAAUCAAGUGGAGGGAGAACUCACAAAAGAGCUUAUUGAGACAGUAAGGUUCCCGAUGAUGACACCAGAAGAGCUUCUCAAACUCCAGUUCAAUGUAUCUAUGUAUGAAAAGAAUAAAGUCACUUUCCAUGAACACUUUGUUCAGGCUUUAAUGUUCCACACUUUAUCUUACCAAGCCCUAAACCGCUAUAUGAACCUAUCUAAAGAUGCCUACACACCUAGAAUCUAUACCUCUUCUACAUGGAGUUCAACUGCACAAACCAAUUCGUACUACAGUCAAAGUAAUCGAUCCUUCAGGACGCCCAGACACCCCAGUUCUCUGUUCAUAUCUUCUCAGACCCAGUGGACUGUUAUGUAUCUGACCAACACACACAGUUGCCGGAACCAUGGAUUCUCUUGUUCUGCCAAUUCUCUUCCUGGUUUUAGAUUCAGCUCAAGCAAUGUCACUCCUAACAUUCGCUAUCAGAAUAUGCUAGUGAUGAAAUGUGGUGGAACCAUCGUCACAGAAAUACAAGAGCUCAAGCAGCAAAUGUUGCUAGACCCAGCUACUCUCACUGGCACCAACUUCCCAUGCUCCUCAAGAUCCAACACAUACAUGGUGGUGAUCCGUCCCACCUACUCAACGUAAAACUACACAGAGAGCUUAUUGUCUUAAUAUCUUAUCUUCCAUGCCAAGGCUUGCAGCGAGAUCAUCAUGGGUAUUUAAGAAUAUUCUUAAUAUAUCUUAGGACACCUGGAACUCUAUUUCCUAGGUUUUGUUUUUCUUUUUUCUUCACUUUUUCAAUAAAUAAUGGUGGGACUAGGAGGACCAUCGUAUAGCUUAUUUCGAGUCUGCGGUUUCUUCUUAUCAUGGGCUGAUAAUUACAUAAAUUUUUCAAACUAAAACUCAGAGGUUUGUGUUUGUGAAGGUAUUGACUGGCCAAUAUGGUCUUUGUUAGAUGUCCAUUUCUUUGAUCUGCAUUGUUUAGAAGGCCAUUGUCACUCUCCCAUCCCUCAAUAUAGGAUACACAAAAAGUCAGAUAUCUCACUUUUCUUGAACAUCGUGGUACCUGAGAAAACCUACAUCAUUGAUAUAUUCCUUAGUGAUUCCCAUCCCAGCCCUCAAGACACACUGAUGCUCCAGGAUUUCUCAGUACCUCAGUGGAAAAGAAUUGGUAAAAAUCCUGGAGGACUGUGUUAGGGACCACAGAUUGGAUGCUAAUCAAGUCUCUCUGCUCAUAGUUGGCUCCAGAACAUUACAAAUAUGCCCUCUUUGGUCCCGUUCCCCAUCUCUCCAUCCAACACUUUGUCCAUUUUCUGGGGGCCAUUAAUACCAUUUUCUGCCCCAAAUAUGAGAGAUCCAGUCCCAAUUCCACGUGUCCGGAAUUGGGAGUAAUGUACACAGCUGAUUUAAUAUAAUGUGUGUGGAGUUAAAGGGUCACUCUAAACAUAAUAACUACUUUGCAAUGUUUAUAUUACAGAGAGUACAUGGCACCCAUUCACAACUCUGACACUGACUUAUAAGUGCAGAGGUUUGUAAAAUUCACACGACCAUAAGAUAGCCACUUAGAAAUGUCUAUCAGGCUCCUGGAGCUCUCACUUUCUGGUUGUCUGUGAUGAUUUUGUCCAAGUUGUGCCUGCAAUGCUUUCUGGCCAGAAUCAAAGAUCUUGUUUUUCAUUUUUGUUUUGUCUGGAAAAGUUUUUUAAACAUGAAUUUUCUAGAAUGGACAUGUAUCCGUUUCAGUAAGUAAUAAAAACAUUAUUGUGCUCUUUCCUUCAAUAAAGAUGAUGGAAAAAUUAAAUGA